AACAAGAUGCUCGCGCAACCAAUUAACAUUAAGAAAUGGAUAGAAGAGAAUAAUCAUCUUUUACAACCACCGGUGAAUAAUUAUUGUCUUCAUAGAGGUGGGUUCACAGUUAUGAUUGUUGGAGGUCCUAAUGAAAGAACAGACUACCAUGUUAACCAGACACCUGAGUAUUUCCAUCAAUUGAAAGGACAUAUGUGUUUGAAAGUAGUUGAUGAAGGAGAGUUUAAGGAUAUUAUAAUUGAAGAAGGAGAUUCAUUUUUACUUCCAGGCAAUACCCCCCAUAAUCCGGUUAGAUUUGGAGAUACAAUUGGAUUGGUUGUUGAACAAGAUAGACCAAAGGGGUUAAACGAUAAAAUAAGAUGGUAUUGUUCCAACUGUAAAGAAAUAUGCCAUGAAGUUGAAUUUUAUUGCCAUGAUUUAGGAACUCAAGUCAAAGAUGCAAUUUUAGCCUUUGAUCAAGAUAUUAAUGCUAAGUCAUGUUCCAAAUGUGGAACAAUCAAUAAAUCUAAACCUUAA